AAUGAAACCUCACUGACUGUCUAGCGGAAGCUACGUAGAGAGUAGAGUGUGUAGGAAGCUAGACUAAUUUUCCUCUUGGAGAACAAAGGCAGUACUCUGUUGAUAGGUGAGGUUGGAAUGGUAUGUUUUGGGGAUGUUGACCAGACUUUUCACAUACGUGUUUGAAGCACAGAGACACACACAAGAUGAAUACUGCCACGCAGAAUGCCACAGGAAGCUCUUCCAGUGGCACACCCGGGACUUCAUCUGCAUCUCGUAGAUGGCAGGAAGGCCCCACACGAAAGAGAAAGCAGAGAUUUUCAGAUGCAGAUUUGGACCACCUUUUGGAAGAAGUUGAAAAAAAUCGAACAACACUUUUUGGUACUCCAGAGACUCCCACCAAUCCCCUUGAGAGCAGCCGGACCUGGGCCAAAAUUGCUCGGAACAUCAGUGCUGUUGGCAAGGUCCCCAGAGAUGGCACCAGCUGCAGGAAGCGGUGGAAUGAUGCCAGAAGGCAGGUUAAGAAGAGGAUGGCAGACCUCACAAGGGCCACUUGGCGCACCGUGGACACCCUGACACCGUGGGAGAUGAAGGUCGCCAGCCUCAUUCCCACAGAGGAAGUAGAAGGCCUUGGUGUUCUUGAAGCAGGCUUCCAAACCCCAGAGUCAUCAGAGGAUGUGAAAGGUUGGGCUCAGGAGACACAAGUGCUUCCUUCAGACGAGGAAGAGGCCAACACUUCUCAUCGCAAAGGCUCGGCUUCCUACAUGACUGUCUGUGAGGAUGGUCACACAGCGCACCAAGAAAAAAUAAUGUCUGCAGGCAGGGAGCAGGGGGAUGAGCCCGAGGCAGCCUCCUUGUGGGAUGAGAAUAGUGCCCGGAGAGACUCCUCACCAGAAGACACACCAUCCAUUCGGCGUCACCGCAUCACACCUGCCUGGCGACAGGCGGGCGUCAGCAUAGGCUCUUUAGAAGCAAGGGGCUCCUCUUUUAGAAGGAGGUCCACCGAUGAACAGCUCAUACGGAUGGAGGAGAGGAUACUGGCAUCUCAAUGGCAGGCCAAUACAGAGAUGAGGGGCGUGAUGGAGCUGAUCCUGCUGGAGUUUCGAGAGCUGAAUUCGAUACUGCGGCAAAGACUACCUCCAGCACCGUCUCCCUCUGGGGAGAGCUCCACUGUUGUAGAUUCUAGCAGCCAAACGGAAUAAAGACCCUCAGCAUCCUGUUCUGUAAAGACUGAGCCUCGAGAAUGCACCGCCAGGUCUACAAGGUGGUGUGGCAGGUCCACCAUGGAGAGAAUGUGCCCUGUAGAAACAAGGAGAAAAAAGAAAAUAUUGGUUGGGAAGGACUUUUUACAUAAAAACUUAAAGGGUUGUUUGAAUAAAAUAUAAUUCUUAUUCCAAAAAUGUUGUUUGUUGUAUAUUAUCCAGUAAUUUUAACUUUAAGUAUUUCUUUUUUCACAUUAAUAUAAUACUGGAAAUAGUAAAAAGUAGUAAUGAGCAGUAAUAAUGAGGUUUAGUUGUUGUUGUAGGGAUCAUAACAAAUCCACUGUCAAAUGUAUUUUUACAUUUUGGUGUUUGUCCUGCAUAUUCACCUUUUCAUUAUACUACAUUUAGUAUGUAUAAAUUAGUUAUGUUCAUAACAUGUAUUGUAUGUCACACUAAUGCAGUUUUUUUUGUUACUUUUUGAGUGGAUACCACAAUGUCAAGAAUUUGCAUAUUGUGUUUUUUUUGGGUUUUUUUGCCCUUUAUUUAUCAAUGAUGUAAAAACAUCCCUGACUCUGACAACUGAUAUCGGAUGCCUCAAGCUCAGACUGGAUGAUUGUCAGUACAGGGACACGUCUUGUUCCAUGUCAAUGCCAUGACUUGAUUUUCUGCAACACGCUUUGACUGCUCAAGUGGAAAUGUCAAUUCCAGGGUUUGCAUUGCAACUCAUGUACGCUUAUUAAGGAACCUGAAAACGGUCAAACCUAAAUCACAAACCUUGUGGCAAAGGGAAGCAUGGUACUUGCUCUUUUAUUGACUUUAGCAUCGCAACAGGAAUGGAGAAAAACACUAAAAUAAACUUGUAAAGUUCUGUAACAAACGUUUCAACUAAAAGUCUUUAUCAAUGUCUUCAGUGGUGUGAGUUUUGUGAGUUCUUAGGGGUGUGUUGGCGCCACAAAAAAAAAUGUAAUGGUCUUAUCAUAAGGAAUCUGCUGAUGUACCAUUCAUCCUCGGGUGUGAACAGAUGAACUAUCGCUAAACGCUCUCGAGACACAUGUUAGCAGAGGGGAAAAGAAAGAAUUGAGUACGUUGGACUGCAAGUCAAAGGUUAAGAUAAAAGAUCAAAUAAAAUAAAAGGUAAAAUAUAUGACCUGCAUGGUGAAAGUGGGGUUAUGUUGUUUAUCUAGUGUCACUGAAUGGGCUAUGAGCUGCUUGUUUUGUCCUUCCUUGCAACUUUCAGAUUGGGUAUACAACCAAGACAACUGCCUGAUGUUAAAAUGAUGAUGAAUACAGUAAUGUCAGGAGUUGUUUAUUAAAAUUAUUAUUUUAAAGUUAAUUAGACCUCAAUUGUGACAUUAGUAACUUUUAUUUGGAUAUGUCUUCUUUCAUUGAAUUCUGAUUUUAUUUUUUAUAUCCUAUUAAUUUUUUAUAUUUUAUAUUGAACAUUUUUACAUCUGGACUUAAUGAAUGACACACUUAUUAUUAUUCACAUAAAAUGUAUAUUUCUAGCUUUAUUUUGUUUAAUGGUGGUAUUAUUCAAUAGCAUUCCAUGUGAUUAUUUUUGCAAGCCUAUCCUGUAAAUUAUGUUGAGAAAUACAGUAUAUAUACAGAAAAUAAGUUUGCUUCUCAACAAAAAGUUCAAUCUUGGGUUAUAUUUCCUCAUUCUUUAAUGUAUUUUUUGAAAAGCACUACAAUAGCAGUAAACCUGACUGUACAAAACUCGAAAUAAAAAACAUUACUAAACAAAA